GGAGCCUUCGGCGGUGAGAGGAGCGGCGGCGGCGGCGGCGGCGGCGAGAGCAGCUGCGGGAGUCCCAACCACACCCACGUCUCUCCCCUGUCCUCACUUGUCCUGUCGCCGCCCCGCGGGAGAACGCAUCCCGGAAGGAAAGCGGCCGCCCACGCCCCGAGCAUCCUUCCCAGUCGAGCCGACACUGACUGACCCGGCGGCAUGAUGCGGCUUCGAGGUUCGGCGAUGCUGCGGGACCUUCUAAGGCCGUCCGCCGCCGCCAGCGCGGCUCUGAGGCGGGCACAGCCCUUCGCCAUUCUGUGCCGGCGCGCCGGGGGCGGGGGACCGGAGGCCGCCGGCCCAGCGGCCGCCGCGCGGCUCUACCCGUGGUGGGGCGGGGGCGGCCGGCCGGCGGGGCCCCUCGCCCGGGGCCUGUCCAGCUCUACCUCAGAGAUCCUGCAGGAGCUGGGCAAGGGGGGCACGCAGCAGCCGCAGCAGCCGCAGCCAGGGGCGUCGCCGCCCGCGGCCCCGCCGGCAGCCGGCCCCAAGGACGGCCCGGGGGAGACGGACGCGGUCGGCAACAGCGAGGGCAAGGAGCUAGUGGCCCCAGGCGAAAAUAAAAUAAAACAGGGUCUGUUACCUAGCUUGGAAGAUUUGCUGUUCUAUACAAUUGCAGAAGGACAAGAGAAAAUACCUGUUCAUAAAUUUAUUACAGCACUCAAAUCUACAGGAUUGCGAACGUCUGAUCCCAGGUUGAAAGAGUGUAUGGAUAUGUUAAGAUUAACUCUUCAAACAACAUCAGAUGGUGUCAUGCUAGACAAAGAUCUUUUUAAAAAAUGUGUUCAAAGCAAUAUUGUUUUGUUGACGCAAGCCUUUAGAAGAAAAUUUGUUAUUCCAGACUUUAUGUCUUUUACCUCUCAUAUCGAUGAGUUAUAUGAAAGUGCUAAAAAGCAGUCUGGAGGAAAGGUUGCAGAUUAUAUUCCUCAACUAGCCAAGUUCAGUCCUGAUCUGUGGGGUGUAUCUGUUUGUACAGUAGAUGGACAGAGGCAUUCUAUUGGAGAUACCAAAGUUCCAUUUUGUCUUCAGUCCUGUGUAAAACCUUUGAAAUAUGCCAUUGCUGUUAAUGAUCUUGGAACGGAAUAUGUGCAUCGGUAUGUUGGGAAAGAGCCAAGCGGAUUAAGAUUCAACAAACUGUUUUUAAAUGAAGAUGAUAAGCCACAUAAUCCUAUGGUAAAUGCUGGAGCAAUUGUUGUGACUUCAUUAAUAAAGCAAGGAGUAAAUAAUGCUGAAAAGUUUGACUAUGUGAUGCAGUUUUUGAAUAAGAUGGCUGGUAAUGAAUAUGUUGGAUUCAGUAAUGCAACGUUUCAGUCUGAAAGAGAAAGUGGAGAUCGAAAUUUUGCAAUAGGAUAUUACUUAAAAGAAAAAAAGUGUUUUCCAGAAGGCACAGACAUGGUUGGUAUAUUAGACUUCUAUUUCCAGCUGUGCUCCAUUGAAGUAACUUGUGAAUCGGCUAGUGUGAUGGCUGCAACUCUGGCUAACGGUGGUUUCUGCCCAAUUACUGGUGAAAGGGUACUGAGCCCUGAAGCAGUUCGAAAUACACUGAGUUUGAUGCAUUCCUGUGGCAUGUAUGAUUUCUCAGGGCAGUUUGCUUUCCAUGUUGGUCUUCCUGCAAAAUCUGGAGUUGCUGGGGGCAUUCUUUUAGUUGUCCCCAAUGUCAUGGGCAUGAUGUGCUGGUCUCCGCCUUUGGACAAAAUGGGCAACAGUGUUAAGGGAAUUCACUUCUGUCACGAUCUUGUUUCUCUGUGUAAUUUCCAUAAUUAUGAUAAUUUGAGACACUUUGCGAAAAAGCUUGAUCCUCGAAGAGAAGGUGGUGAUCAAAGGGUUAAGUCAGUGAUAAACCUUUUGUUUGCUGCGUACACUGGAGACGUGUCCGCACUUCGGAGAUUUGCUUUGUCAGCCAUGGACAUGGAACAGCGAGACUAUGAUUCUAGAACAGCCCUCCAUGUUGCUGCUGCAGAGGGUCAUGUGGAAGUUGUUAAAUUUUUGCUGGAAGCCUGCAAAGUAAAUCCUUUCCCCAAGGAUAGGUGGAAUAACACUCCCAUGGAUGAAGCGCUGCACUUUGGACACCAUGACGUAUUUAAAAUCCUCCAGGAAUACCAAGUCCAGUACACCCCUCAAGGAGAUUCAGAUGAGGGAAAGGAAAAUCAAACCGUCCAGAAGAAUCUUGAUGGACUUUUGUAAUGAUCUUAAGCCCAAGAUUUAAAUCACUUACCUAUUUAAUUGUGGAAAAUAACUAUGACGAACGUGUGUAUUUCUAUCUGGUAGUGAUGUAUAUUUUACAACAUUUGUCAUUUCAGUGUUACUGGAAUUUUCUUCAUUGUACGCACAGGACAAAUCUGAUCUCUUUGGGAAAAAAUAGAAAUAAAAUGAUCUCCCUCCAUAAUGUGAGUGAUAUUUACCUCGUGCACUGUAUAAUUUGAUGUAAAAGAAAUAGUUACCAAUGCU